AUGUCCAAGGACCUACCUGAGCUUCCCGAGGAUGGAGUCACGCCGCGGACAUUGAUGACAAAGAUAGGCGCAUGGACGCUGGGACAUACACUAGGUCGAGGAGCAUAUGCUCAUGUCCGACUGGCGACCCACGACAGCGGCUAUGUAUCCGCCUGCAAGAUCCUCCCCGCCCUCCAUCGACCCAUCGCGCGCAAGGUGACUCGGGACGAGCGGAUCGACGCAUGCGAGGCGCACAAGGAGCUGGUGUUGCUGAAGGGUCUGGCGGGGGCGGGGUGUCCAGGUACAGCGGGACUGGAAGGAGUGAUACCAUAUCAGGGAUGGAACUUCAUCUUCCUCACCAUGUACCCCUCCUCCGCGGCCGCCAUUCCCAACUUCCCCAAUCACCGCAUCGCCUUCUUCCGGCGACUCCUCCUGUCCGUUCAAGCCAUACAUGAUCUCGAUAUCUCGCACGAAGAUCUCAAGCGCUCCAAUGUCUUAGCGACGAGCGAGCUGGAGCCUGUUCUGGUGGAUUUCGGGUUCGCGCACUUUGCGCCGGACGGAGGACUGGUCAGGAGUUUGGGGGGCACGAUGGACUAUUCAAGUCCGGAGAAGCUUGCCGACAAGCUGUACAAUCCCUUUGCCAACGACAUUUGGUCUCUCGGCAUCCUCCUCCUGAAGCUCCUCGGUCUCCCCAGUCCCUACCGCACCAAAGAACCCGAGACCGAAGACGACUUCAAGCGCAAGGUUAUCGAUACCGAGCCAAACUGGACAUAUCUCAGCUCUAUUGACGGACCGGGCCGGAUCGGACAGGUCAUACGCGGCAUGUUGAGGCGGGAUCCGCGAAAACGGUGGACCAUUCACAAGAUCCUCUCGCAUCACUCGAUGCAGAUCAACCUGCCUGACCCGCCGCCAUUCAUCGCCCCGUCCCUGGACCUCCCGGAGGACGUGGCGAUCAAUGAGGAGAUCCUGCUCGACCUCGCAUUCCUCGCGUUCAGCAUCGGCCAAUUCUUUCUGUGCGAAAGUAUCGACGUCAUCGCCUAUUGGCUGCUAGAUCCGGAACCGCAUUGGUUGAAGCGGUGGGCUGGGAUGCUGAGCAAAUGGCAGCAGAGGGAAGAGACUCUAUGGGAGGAUAUGCCGACGGAGACGGCUGUCAAUACGCCAUGGGCUAAGGCCGUGCGCGGUGGUCGCUUGUCCGGAGUCGAUGUCGCCAAGAUAAGCCGAGCGAGCUUGAGACCACUCAAGGAGAUCGUUCUGUCGCCGAAGCAGAAGCUCAAUAUACCAACCACCAAACGCCCUAUCCCCGCCGCUCCCGCCACUCCGCGCCGUCGAGCACCGAAACGGGCCGCGGCUCCAGCGGCGCCCAAGAUACCUCGCAAGCCGCUCCAGCCCGCUGAUCUCGACGAGAUCCAAUCGCCAAGCACGCCGAUCAAGCAGUAUCCUCUCGUCCCGGCGGCGAGUGCGCUGGAUGAUACACUACUGCCGCCAGUAGCACCUCGCAAGGCUAGGAAGGCCGAGCCAGCGUUCAAAGCUUCCUCUCCCAAGGUGAUCUUGGCCAUUCCGCCCAUUCCCCAAAAUAGGCCAUUGAUGCCGGUCGCCGCGCCCGAAGUCGACCUCAUCGACCUCCGCGAUGACCCUCCUCCAGGUCCCUCUUCUUCCACAACCCUCGUUGCCACCCGCCCAGCUGUCAAGACCAAGCAGACCGCGCCCGCUAAGACUACAAGUACGACGUACGAGAAGACGGGAACCAAACCGGCCAAGGUACUAGUGCCGAUGGACAAGGAGAAUGUUCCUCCAGCCGGAGAAAGAAAAGGCCUGAAAGUCCCCGCUCGGAAAGACCUCAAUCCGCUCCAGCCGACUCGACGCUCACCUCGCUGGGCUUGA